CAUUACGCAAUCCACUUCCCCAUAAUCCCGCGACGACGAGGAAGACGUUGGAGAAUCAUGAUGAUGCGAAACCAGUUCGAGACGCCAUUGGUCACAGCAUCUGGCUUUCAUCCGAAACAUCGCCGUGCGACCAAUCCCAGUCUCGUGUUCUCGUCUUCGUCGUCACGCCUACGAGAGAGACGCUCGUCUCGACGCUGUCAUGCUGCGAUCAACGUCAUCCGCGGGCGAGAUUCCGCUCUCGUGCCGAGCGGGCGAACAGCAGUCAUCCGAAAACACUUAGCGGCGCAUCUCACAGCGACUCCGUAAGCCAUAGGUCGUCACUCCGAGGAGCGAGUCUAAAUAAUUGACCCCUCCGCGGCGGAAUCACGCAAACAAUUUACAUCCGAUUGUGUAAAUAUCCGCAACCUCGGAGUCGCGUUUAUCGGUGCCGGCGAAGGUCCCGCGGGUUCGUUGCUCCGCGAGAGAAAAAUGACCAAGUUCUAAUCGCCUCAAUUUUGAUUUUCGUAAAAUCAACCGUGAUUUAUAACAAUCGCAUUGUGCAACCUUCGUGAUACCCCUGUGCGAAUCGCCGCAAAUCACAUAGUGCAUUUGUUCGUUGAAUCGUUCGGAAACGUCGCUCGCCGAGAUAUGUUCGCCCUGGCUGAACUUUGACGAUCGUCGAUCGUUAAAGAACCAAGACUCGAUGGACCAGAGCGUGAUCGUGCCGUCGAUGCCGCGCGACGUCGAAAGUGUGCGGCUGGCCAUGAAGAACGAAACCGACUCCGGUCUGCGUCAACAGGAGCAGACGGUCGUCGUGCAUCCAAAUUCCACGGUGGCCGCACGAUCGGCGCUCUUGCCGAUGAGCGCGAGUAGUCUGCCUCAGGAAACGAAUCUGGAGCCGCUGAUGUGCAAUCCUACGAGCAACGAGAUACCCAGGAAACCGGGCACUCGUCGCCAAGAAAAACCUCCGUAUUCGUACAUCGCGCUGAUCGUGAUGGCCAUCCAGUCGAGUCCGGGGAAGAGGCUGACCUUGUCGGAGAUCUACUCGUUUCUACAGCAGCGUUUCCCCUUCUUCCGGGGCACUUAUCAGGGUUGGAAGAACUCGGUGCGUCACAAUCUCAGCCUGAACGAGUGUUUCAUCAAGCUACCCAAGGGCCUGGGUAGGCCCGGGAAGGGUCACUACUGGACCAUCGAUCCAUCCACCGAAUACAUGUUCGAAGAGGGUAGCUUUCGGCGACGGCCGCGCGGCUUUCGGCGCAAGUGUCAAGCCCUGAAGCCGCAGUACUCGCAAUACUAUUCGGGCGCCGGUCCCGUCGGCGUGCAAACACCUGGUCCGUACGAGAAUCUGGCCGCCGGUCCAGGUGGAAUCGAAUAUGCCAACGGUUAUCAGAAUCAAUAUCAGAAUUAUCAGGAAUACGCCAUGUACGCGCCGAGCGCGGCGGUGUCCGCCGAUUGGGCGUAUCCGGACGGACACACGACAUACAAAUCGGGGCCGCCGAUAGCCGAGGUGACCUACAAGACCACCGAGGUCACAUACAAGACUGGCAGCGAAUCGACACCAUCGCUUUACAGGAACGGCGAUCUAGUGACGUUCAAGAGCGAGCCUGCCUUCGGCGGCAGGAGCCAGGAUCAGCUGACGACCUAUCGGCCGCCGACCGACGGUUUCCCGACGGUGAAAGAUCACCAUCAGCAACACCACACAACCGAAUAUAAAGACGAGACAAUGAUGAGCAACUAUUCCAAGUGCUCGACACCCACGACUCAAGCACCUGGACAAGAUUAUUAUGUCGGUUAUGGUCUCGCUGGAGUCAACAAUACCGGUGUCAAUAUCACCAUGCAACCUAUGCAGGAGCAACCGGGUGGUAAUAGCAGUCCUAUAACUAAUGUUAGUUCGCCGCACAGUGGAUGCCAGACCCCUGCGGAUCACGGUAUAAAAAUGCAGUGCAGUUCUAGUUCGAGUUCAAAUAGUUCUGGCGGUGGCAUCAUUGACCGUAAACCAUCCUACUUCGCGCAUCCCGGAGGAUCAGUAGCCUUGAGCUCUUUGAGCUCGUUGGGCUCGUUAAAUCUAAGCAACAUCGGCGGUCUAAGUAUAUCCAACAUACCUGGUGCAGUUUCGACGAAUAUCCACCAUGCAUCGACACCACCACCCGCGACAAUGUAUUACGAUCAGAUCAAGUACAGCAUGUGAAGACGUUUCCCUGAAACAAAUGAUAUAACUUCGCAAAAUUAAUUAUAUUCCAAAUUUUUUUUAAACGCUGUAAAUGUCUAAAGUGCUUCAUAUUUUUACGGUAAACAAACAAUUGUUAGCAAAUCUUAAAUUAUAUCUGCUAUUUCCAUUCCGAUAUUAUCUGGAAAUAUAAUAAUACAUGGAAUUAUAUAUUAAAUGUGCAAAAAGACAGUGUAUUGUUAAAUAAUGCGAUUGAAUGAAUCUGAAGCCAGUACUCAUACUAAGGCCAC